AUGAAGUAUCCUCUGGAUCCUUUGGUGAAUGAGCUGACCUUUCCUCUUCUUUUUUUCUGGUUUAGUUUGCCAUUUGUAAUGCUGUUGAUCAUAAUGAUUAUCUGGCUACAGCUUCUACUUAAUGAAGCACAGAUACCCAGUGCAGAAGAAAUAAAGCAACAAUCUUCUGAUGAGCCUGAUUCUGACUCUAAAGCUGAGGAUGAACCAACGGAGGAAGAAAACCAGAAGCACAUAUCUAGUAUAGAAACUCAAGAGGAGAUACAAUCUAGUGGAUCUCUAGGAAAACUGAGCCCUAAGCCUGCUUAUCUGAGUUCAAAACCAAAAAGCGAAAAGCAAAGUCUUCUUGCUGCAAUCUCAGACAGUUGUUCUCAGAGCCAGAAGAUAAGACCUUCCCAUGGUGAGAAGAACAAUCUCUGUAACAUCGUGAUG